UAUUUGUACAGAGUCACUCACAGAACUAUGAAACUUGUAGUUUUACUUCUUCUUAGUGGUUUUCUAGCGAUUGAUGGGCGCUUCACCCAUCUAAGGGGUCGGAAUCCCGCAAAGCCCCCAGGUAGUUUAAUUGUGGGUGGAGAAGAUGCCGCCCCCGGUCAAUUCCCAUGGAUUGGAGCACUUCAGUAUGAUGGAUUUGGACAAUUUUGCGGUGGGUCCGUCAUUUCGGACCAUUGGUUCCUCACCGCUGCUCAUUGCCCCGAGGGACUCAGCGCAACUUACAUGUCCAUAAGGGUUGGAAGUCGUUACCAUGACACUGGUGGUCAAGAAUAUCGCCUCAUUAGGUACAUCAUGCAUCCUGAAUACUAUGUUGCGAGUAUGUAUGACUUUGACGUUGCUGUGUGCGAAAUACAAGGUAUCAUCGGAGGACCCAACAUCAGACCCGUACCUCUAGCAAGUGUUGAGCCCUUACCCCCUCAGCGACUAUUCGUAGCAGGAUGGGGUGCACUGGAAUGGCAGGGACCAGGUCCACAUAUCCUCCAGUUUGUCCGAGUUCCCGUCGUUGAUCGGCAGGUGUGUGCAGAUGGGGGCUACUAUGAGUACAUCCGUGACAAUAUGUUCUGUGCUGGAGAAUACGGACGUGAUUCCUGCCAAGGUGACAGCGGUGGGCCAUUGACUGACACCAACAACAUUCAGGUGGGCAUCGUAAGCUGGGGCAAUGGAUGUGCAUGGGACGGAUGGCCGGGUGUAAACACCAACAUCGCGUACCCAGGUGUGCGAGAUUUCAUCAGGAAUCACACAGGAGUCUAAAACACAUCGAACUGUUCUGUGUGAUGUUGCAUCGCAUCAUUAUCUCCAUAUACUUCAAACAAAAAUUGUUAAAACACAUUUCACUUUACACCCCUCCACAUCACUCUUUCUACUCCUUCAGCACUUAAUUUUGUCCUUUUUUUGCACAAUAAAGCAAAGAGCUUUUUAAUGCAAUGUGGGCAGAGUCAAUAUUGCAUAUAGGGAAAAAGAACUUUUACGGAGCAUGAAGAAAAUAUAUAUGUUCCUAUGUACAUUAUAUAUAUAUAUAUAUGUAUAUAUAGAAAUUGAGUGAGAUUUUUUUUUAUUAUCUUGAAACAAUUCUUAUGUGAAGACCUCCACAUUAUGAAGAUCCCAUUUAUAGAUAAUUUAAUUGAUUUUAUAAAGAGGGACUAUAUACAUCUACUGUAAAUGAAGCAACGUUUGCUUAAAUCUAACAUGUACUAUACACAAAUUCUUUACCCCUUGGCAUAGUAACUGGAAAUUAAAUGAGGAAGCCAUUAGGGAAUGAAGUUAUAAAAGGGAUGAAUACUCGAGGAAUCAAGAAUUUUCACACAAAAAAAAAGACGGAAGCAAAAUGGAAUCAAUUAAAUAAGAAGCCACAAAGGCAUGGAGAAGAUUAAUUUUAUCUAAAAUUAGACGAGUUUCUAUAAAUUUCUUAUAUAGGUACAUACAUAUAUACCUAUCUACAUAAUUUUAUUUGUAAUUUUUAAACCAAAUAAAAAAAAGAUUUUGAAACAAAAAAUAUAAAAA